GUUUACCUAGCGACUGAUGAUGCCUACCCGAGGCCCUCAGCUGAUUGGUCUCUACAUCUGUCUCCGCCUACCUAGUUAAUAUGAUAACUCUCCUUUGGGACGCAGGACUUGGGAGAAUUGAUAGGAACAGGGUUAAUAUCUGGGGACUGGGUAGCCCCAAAUCGCUCAUCUAGCAAGGAUCAAGGGACACGUGUAAUACUACAGCCACUCGGUGUGUGGAGAUCAUUCAUCCAGACUGGGUCUUCCGGAGCAGGAGGGAACCCAGGGACCCUGCAAGAGCUGGCCAGGGCCUGAACUCCCGGCGCUGCUGCAGAGCAGAGCAUGAUCACACUGCUGCCGCUGCUUCUGGGCCUCAGCCUGGGUUUCACAGGAGCAGGUGGUUUUAUGGCCCAUGUGGAAAGCACCUGUGUGUUGGAUGACAAUGGGACUCCAAAGGACUUCACAUAUUGUGUCGCCUACAACAAGGAUCUGCUGACCUGCUGGAAUCCAGAGGAGGGCGGAAUGGCCCCUUGUGAAUUUGGGACACUGUAUAGGUUGGCCGUCUCUUUGUCCAAUUAUCUCAACAACAAUACAAACCUGCUCCAGCGCUUGCACAAUGGACUCCAAGACUGUGCCACACACACCCAGCCUUUCUGGGGGUCACUGACCCACAGAACAAAACCACCAUCCGUGCAAGUAGCCCAAACCACUCCUUUUAACACCAGGGAGCCUGUGAUGCUAGCCUGCUACGUGUGGGGCUUCUACCCCGCUGAUGUGAUCAUCACAUGGAUGAAGAAUGGGCAACUUGUCGCCCCUCACAGCAGCCUCCAGAAGACUGCACAGCCCAAUGGAGACUGGACGUACCAGAUUGUUUCUCAUUUAGCCUUAACCCCCGCCUAUGGGGACAUCUACACCUGCGCGGUGAAGCACGCUGGGGCUUCUGAGCCCAUUUAUCAGGACUGGACUCCCGGGCUGUCCCCCAUGCAGAAAGUGAAGGUUUCUAUGUCUGUGGUGGCUCUGGGCCUGGGCAUCAUUAUCUUCUUUGCCGGCUUGAUCAGCUGGCGGAAGGCAGCCUCCUCCGGCUACACUCCUCUCCCUGGAUCCAUUUACCCUGAAGAACGACACAUUUCCUAGGGGCAGAAUCCUACAACUUCAAAUGUGAAAGAAAUUCAAACUCGUAAUGAUGCCACCAUGCACCCCCUCCCCAUCUGAAAUCCCUCCAUAUAUUCUUGGAUCCUAAGGUUCCUCUGCCCAGUUCUUUGAAUCUCCCUGCUUCUUCUGUGUAAACUGUAGCAAUUCAUUCCCAGGAACGAGUUCCCCCACAUUAUUGUCCAAGGUUGUAUUUCUGGAGUGAAUAUAAUCAGGAGGGAGCUCUCCUGAGGGCCACACUGUGUCACAGAGGACAGAAUCACUGGUGAUCCAUCCCUGAGAAAUAAACUCUGGAGGAAUUGUU